AGCCUGGGAACCGGAAGUCGGCACCCGGCGGCGCGAGCGCAGCCUCUGGGCCAACUGCGUUGUCUUUCCAGCCUCUCCUCGCUGCUCCCCGCCGGAAGUGGAGGCAGAAAGCCUGCGGAUUCGAACCCAUCUCCUAAGCUGCUCAUCAUGAUGAAACUUAGACACAAAAAUAAAAAGCCAGGUAAAGGUUCCAAAGGCUGUAAGAAGAAUGGGAAGAAGGCAGCCUUCAAGUUGGUCUCCACUCCCCAGCUUGUUCACUCCAAUGAUCAUGCCAACCGGGAGGCUGAAUUAAAGAAGAAGAGGAUUGAGGAGAUGAGGGAGAAGCAGCAGGCUGCCCGGGAGCAAGAGAAACACAGACGCAGGACCAUGGAGAGCUACUGUCAGGAUGUCCAGCGACGCCAGGAGGAGUUUGAGUCCAAGGAGGAAGCUUUGCAGGAAUUAAAUAUGUUUCCUCAGCUGGAUGAUGAGGCCACAAGGAAGGCCUAUUACAAGGAGUUCCGUAAGGUAGUGGAAUACUCUGAUGUGAUUCUGGAAGUUCUGGAUGCCAGGGACCCGCUGGGCUGCCGCUGCUUCCAGAUGGAGGAGACUGUCCUGCGGGCACAGGGCAACAAGAAGCUGGUUCUGGUCUUGAACAAGAUCGACCUGGUCCCCAAGGAGGUGAUAGAAAAGUGGCUGGAUUACCUUCGGAAUGAGCUGCCAACUGUGGCUUUCAAGGCCAGCACCCAGCAUCAGGUCAAAAACCUGAACCGCUGCAGCGUGCCCGUGGAGCAGGCCUCCGAGGCGCUGCUGAAGAGCAAAGCCUGCUUCGGAGCCGAGAACCUGAUGAGGGUCCUGGGGAACUACUGCCGCCUCGGUGAAGUGCGCACCCACAUCCGCGUGGGCGUUGUGGGCCUUCCAAAUGUUGGGAAGAGCAGCCUGAUCAACAGUCUGAAACGCAGCCGUGCCUGCAGCGUGGGAGCCGUUCCUGGCAUCACCAAGUUCAUGCAGGAGGUCCACCUGGACAAGUUCAUCAGGCUGCUGGAUGCCCCGGGCAUUGUCCCAGGCCCCAACUCGGAGGUGGGCACCAUCCUGCGCAACUGCAUCCAUGUGCAGAAGCUGGCGGACCCCGUGACCCCGGUGGAGACCAUCCUGCAACGCUGCAACCUGGAGGAGAUUUCCAGCUAUUAUGGCGUCUCUGGCUUCCAGACCACUGAGCACUUUCUGAUGGCGGUGGCCCAGCGCUUGGGUAAAAAGAAGAAGGGAGGUAUCUAUAAUCAGGAGGAGGCAGCCAAAGCAGUCCUGUCUGACUGGGUGAGUGGGAAGAUCAGCUUCUACACACUUCCACCCGCCACGCACACUCUGCCCACCCACCUCAGUGCUGAGAUCGUUAAGGAGAUGACGGAAGUCUUCGACAUUGAGGACACCGAGCAGGCCAACGAAGACACCAUGGAAUGCUUGGCCAAUGGAGAAUCUGAUCAGCUCUUGGGUGACAUGGACCCGGUUCAAACGGAGACCAAAUGGCUCCAUUCUCCGAUGAUGGAUGUAGUAGAUGCCUUGGAAAAUAAAACCACCGUGUAUAAGAAUGGAGAGUUCACUGAAUAUUGCAUGAAUUCAAAUGGCCAUCAGAAGGCGUGGGCUAAGCGCAAUGCGGACUCAUACCCCAGGAGCAUCUGCCCAGUGGACCGUCGCCCGAUGGUACAGAAGAUCCUGGAGACAGACCCCCUGCAGCAGGGCCAGGCUCUGGCAUGCGCUCUGAAGAAUAAGAAGAAGAUGCAGAAGCGUUCAGAUAAACUCGCCAGUAAGCUGUCCGAUUCCAUGAUGUCUGCCCUCGACCUCUCUGGCAGCACUGAUGACAGUGAUGGUGACUGACCAGCUGAUCUCAUCCCCUCCACUCUCCAAGUGCCAGUUCCAGUGCGAUGGGGGAUACAGAUGAAAAAAAAAAUGGUUUGCUACUCCCUGAAGCACAUGCACAUGAAAAGAAUCCCUCCACCAUACCUCCCCCACAUUAUUCCCUUCAUUCAGGGAAGAAAAAGGGUCCCAAGCGGCUGGAACUGGCCAUCCAAUGCCUUUUAUUUAGCUCCCAUCAUAGUUGACUAGAGAAGUAAAUGAUCAUGACAUCUGAUGCUAACAGUUUAUCCCCACCCUAUAGUUGGGCUGCUUGAGGAUGGAGGGGGAACCAACCCCUCACCAAAUUCUCUGGGACAGCCCAGCAUGCAACUAGAGGGUAGGCUGCUGGUAGACCUGGUGGUCCCUGGAUGGUGGUGAUUUCUUUACCAUCUACAACAGAACUCGGCUGCAAGACAUUUCCCACAAAGGACUGCAGGCCACGCAUCUUCCACCCAAAUCCACAGAUCCUCACCUGGGUUGCAGUGGCAAUAGAGUGAACAGCAAUGAGCCUUCUGUGUCUGGAAGGCCCUGGACAUAGGACAGAGGAAGGGGACAACACACAAUCCUGGCUGGUGCUGAAGCCUAAGUGCCACCUUGUUCACACAAAGGGAAAACAAGGCACCUGUUGGGAAGGCAGUUAGGUGUGCAAAUCUCACCUUAGGGCAUUUCUGGGCAGACUGAGUUGGAGGAAUCCCUUGGACUGAAGCAUUCUGGGUGGGCCCCACCCUUGUAUGACCAUGGCUCAUCCAACACUGGCCUUUGAAUUCUGUCAUUCAAAAGGGUUCUAGUACCAUUUAUUCACAGGCUGCAUCCUCAAGACAGGUGUCAAUUGGGGGUGCACCAUCCAACUCCUUUUCUGGUUUCCAAAGUCAUUACACUCCAU